AUGUCUAAAUCUGAUGCUGAUAAGUCUAAAUCUGAUGCUGAUAAAUCUAAAUCUGAUGCUGAUAAGUCUAAAUCUGAUGCUGAUAAGUCUAAAUCUGAUGCUGAUAAAUCUAAAUCUGAUGCUGAUAAGUCUAAAUCUGAUGCUGAUAAGUCUAAAUCUGAUGCUGAUAAGUCUAAAUCUGAUGCUGAUAAGUCUAAAUCUGAUGCUGAUAAAUCUAAAUCUGAUGCUGAUAAGUCUAAAUCUGAUGCUGAUAAGUCUAAAUCUGAUGCUGAUAAGUCUAAAUCUGAUGCUGAUAAGUCUAAAUCUGAUGCUGAUAAAUCUAAAUCUGAUGCUGAUAUGUCUAAAUCUGAUGAUGAUAAGUCUAAAUAUGAUGCUCCAUAA